AUGUUCGGAAAGUCAACUUUUGGAUCGACGGGCUCCACUUUCGGUAGUUCCGGAGGUUCCCUCUUCGGUCAGAACAAGCCAACAACGAAUCUAUUCGGGCAACAAAAUUCACCUGCCCAAGGUUCACUGUUCGGGCAGAAGUCAACAACAAACCUUUUUGGUCAAAACACAGCAUCAACUGGCACCUCUAUUUUUGGUUCAUCACAACCUGCAUCAAAUACUGGUACUUCACUUUUUGGUCAAUCCAAGCCAUCGUUGUUUGGGAGUUCGUCCGCCUCAGGAGGUGGCUCACUGUUCGGUAGUUCAGCAACGUCCGCUGGAGGUGGACUCUUUGGAUCUGCCACUUCUUCCGUUAAUGGCACGACAGUCAAAUUUGAGCCGCUCAUUUCUUCGGACACCAUGAUGAAGAAUGGAUCGCAAACGACAAUCAGUACUAAACAUAUGUGCAUUACUGCUAUGAAAGCCUAUGAAGGGAAAAGUCUUGAGGAAUUACGUAUCGACGACUACAUUGCGAAUCGAAAAGCACCAACUGCCGGUGGCGGUCUGUUUGGCAGCUCAACGACCUCUGCGGCUGGUACAAGCAUAUUUGGCAGCACAUCAUCAGCAAAACCGUCGCUGUUCGGGUCAUCAUCAGCAACAACAUCUCCAUUCGGGUCUUCAAAUCAAGGCACAUCUUUGUUUGGACAAAACAAUAACGCAACACAAGGUUCCUCUUUGUUUGGUAGCAAGCCAACGGGUAGUAUUUUCGGUUCUCCAGCAACAUCAAGUGCUUCGACUUUUGGUUCGACUGGAGGAAGUCUUUUUGGAAAUACUGCUGGUGCCUCGACGUUCAGUUCGAACCCACAAACCACUUCGCUGUUCGGUGGCUCUACUUUUGGAUCGGUACCAACCACAACGAGCGCGUUUAGUUUCGGAAGCACCACUAACACUACAUCUUCACCAUUCGGCCAAACUGCAACUUCGUCGACUGGAGGUUUGUUUGGAUCGAAUACAACUACCAGCACUGGAAGUUUGUUCGGGAAACCGGCUGGAACUAGCAACUUCACAUUUGGAGGAUCUUCUAACACGACGUUUGGCCAAGCUGCUUCUGGUGGCGGACUCUUUGGUAGUACGCAGAAACCAGGCGGAUUGUUUGGUGGCAACACAAAUGCCACUGGUUCCAUCUUUGGCAGUCAAAAUUCUCAGCAAGGAACAGGACUGUUUGGUAGUAAUCAAACUGCGCAACCUUCUUUGUUUGCCUCGAGUACUGGAAACCAACAAGGAACUACAGUGGCCGGUUUCGGUGCAACAGCUCCCACAACUAUACAAGUACCAGCAGCUGCGCCCAUUGUGCUCGGAUCUGAUGUUAAUCAGGCCCAGGUUCAAAUGGCACUGUUGGACGCUCAAAUAGCAGCGAGCCCUUACGGGGACUCGCCCUUGCUGAAAUUGGCGAACGUCAAGGACACGGAUGAACUGCCGAAUCCUAUUAGUGCUCAAAGACAACUGAAGUUCUUAGCAGCUAAAAGCGCAGCAUCCUCACCACUAAACAUUUCCGCAACGAAUAGAAUCGCUGGAUCGCCGUCUCUGGACGGAUCCUUGAUAAAUGUGAAGAGUUCAUUUUUACCAGUUGUGCCGCCUAAGGUGGCUGACACCGGCAUUUCGUCCCCUGGUAUCCGCACCUCUGUAAUGCCUGGAAGAGAUCUAAACUAUACAUCACAUGUUGCUCCGCCUACGCUUGGUAAAGGAAUCCGCACGAAAUCGUUGAACAGCACUACCUCUAUGGCAAGUAGAAGUCUAAAUGGGAGCUUAAUUAAUAAGACUGUAGAUUCUGCCAUUGAAACAUCAUUAACCGGAGUUGCGAACAAACCCCCCAACUCGGGACGCCGUGGAAACUUGAAACAUCUGGAUUUAUCCACGGUUGUGCAAGUAAUUAAUUCUCGAGACAAUUUUGAAGUGGAUAGGGGCCCACGUGAUCCUGACGAGCUGCCGACGACUACUGAUGUAGCAGCACUGGAAAACAAUGGAACUUACAGCCCUGAAACAGAUCCAAGAACGGGAGUGCUUCAACGAGGUGAGGCCCGACGAGCUAGAGAAGAAGUGCCUCGUUUAGUGCUCGACGGAAGUGCUUGUGAAGAUUCAUUGCUGAUAUCGAGCAAGUCCACAGCUUCCACUGCAAAAACCACGACGUCAGUAACGUCGGCUGCAUUUGCUGAGGUUGCGGCUUCGCCAAGAGUUGUAACAUCAUCAACAUCGAAACCAAUCGUGCAGUUGAACUCACCGGAUUAUUUCACUGAACCGACAAUCAAUGCAAUGAAAGAGAUGGUGGUCAAUGGAAAAGUAAUUUUGAACAAUGGCCUCACCGUUGGAAGAGCGACAUAUGGUAGUGUGUUUUGGCCAGGUCGUAUCGAAUUAGAAGAUGUGACAUUGGAUGAAAUUGUUGUAUUCCGCCACAAAGAAGUUACCGUUUAUCCGGAUGAGUCGAAGAAGCCACCGCUAGGGGAAGGUCUCAAUCGUCCAGCAGAAGUGACGCUUGAAAGAGUUUGGCACGUAGAUAGAGCGACAAAGGAAGAAGUUAGGGAUCCACUGAAACUGAUCGAUCUUGGCUGGCGUGAUCGUCUUGAAAAGGUGACAGCACGAAUGGGCGCCACGUUCAAGGACUACCGCCCGUCGACAGGAAGCUGGGUGUUUCGCGUGGAACACUUCAGCAAGUAUGGGCUACCGGAUGAUGAUGACGAAGGAGAUGUGGACGUUGCGUCAAACGGAAAGAAACCCAGCGCUCCUCAGGAGACCUCAGCGCAUGAGAUGGACGUAUCCAUAGAGGAGCACCAGUUACAAUCACAUGUUCAGCGUGCAAAGGUGUUCCAAAUCCGAGGUGCUUCGGUGAGAGAGCAGGAGGAUGUCAGUUCGGAUUUUGGCGAACCGAAUGUCGGACCACCAACAGUAGAAUUGAAGCAGGUCAAAGGACUUGGGGGCAGAAAGAAUGAGGAUUAUGAUAACGAGUCUUCUUAUGAUGAUUACGAUAUUGCGAACUGGAGGGAUGAGGUCCCCGAGAAGAAGCCCAAAAUUGAAGAUGUGCUAGACUAUGUGUACGAAGAAAGCAAACGUCUUCUUGAAUUGUCGACAAUGUCUACGAGACCUGUUCACCGGAUUAACCUGAAGUGUACAGAACCUGCAAAUAUUUUCAGAGGCGGCGUAGAGGCUAGAAAGGGCAUAGGCUACAGGAAGAGCAGAGUGAUGAACAUAGCAAGUGCUUCUGGUUCUUCUUGUAGGAUUAGCUGGAGCCAAGGGGGUCAGUUCGCAUUCAUUGUGCAACCUAACUCAACCGAGGCACGGAUCUGCACUCUUCAGUAUGAUAGUAACGUGCCAAAGCAAUUAAUUGUUGAUAUGCUCGAGCACAAUGUUCGAUUAUCCCGAUCAAUACGUCGUAAUUCGUCAACCAGUGCUCGAGUUCGACACUACGAAAUUGAAGGUCAGACCACAGCCCCGCGGGUGAAACCGGCUGAGGAUUCGUCGGCACAGUUACUCGACUCUUUUUUGGCUACAGCUACACAGAGUGAAUGCACAGUGCAAGAAAGAAUUUGGAAGCUUUGUCGGGCUCUUUUUCCUGCUGAUAAAACAGGCAGUUGGCAAUGGCAGCGUACACACGAUGUGGGUAAUUGGCUUCGCGAGGAGGUCGCAAGUCUAUCAAAGAAGAACAUCGGAAGUAUAGCUUCCGCAACUCAAAUAUGGUCGUUGUUGUGCACUGGCAAUGCUGAAGAAGCCGUUCGAGUUGCUGCUGAAGGGGGAAUGAUCCUGCUAUCAGUGAUAAUCUCAACGACGUUAUCGACUGAGCAGAUUGGAAGGCAGGACUGUGCGAAUAUGGUUGAAAUGUGGGAAAUGAACGGAGAUCUUGGAACAAUGGAUGAUGAUCUGAUCAAAGUUUAUCUCGUGUUAGCUGGGAAAUCUCACACGGAGCUUCGUCGUAAAGGAAAAACGAUAAAGUUGAAUUGUCUGGAAGGUUUGGAUUGGCGGCAGGCAUUUGGCAUUCACUUAUGGUGGAUUAAUCGGGGCAGUUUCCUGGAAGAUGCCAUUGAGUCUUUCUCGAAUGAUGUUACAGCUGGUAGAGCAGCAUCCCCAGAAUCGCAUGUGUUUGAACAGCUGAUCAAACUGGCAUGCUCUCCAAGUCAUCAGAUUGAAGCUGUUUUGGAUGCUGCUGCCAUGCUUACGCCGAAUCCAUUGGAUGCUCAUUUAAGUUGGCACUUGUGGUCUCUUUUGCGAGCGCUUGGCCACCAUACAAUGUCACCAGCUGCUGAACAACGGCUUCAUAUGCUGUAUGCAGCCCAACUGACGGCAACGGAACUAUGGCAUCUAGCAAUAUUCGUCCUAAGCCAUAUUAGUCAUGAUCAGUGUCGUUCGAUAGCGAUACGAGAGGUUCUGGAUCGAAUGUCAUUUACUGCUAGUUCCCAGGAUUAUGAGAAAAUCCUUGCCAUCUGUGAUGUUCCAACUACAUGGAUUUCUGCCGCAAAAUUCAUGAAGGCAAAGGCUCAGGGUAAUCUCGAAGCCGCAUGCUCGCAUGCGCUAUCGGCCUGCAAUUACGUUGCAGCCUUGCGACUGUUCGCCGAUGAUGUGGCCCCGAAUGCGAUAGCCAUGGGUGACUUGUUGCGGCUAAGAACAAUAGCUGAAAAUAUGGAAAAGAGCGCGGAUAAGAUUGCGGGGUGGGGAGCGAUUGGCCAGAUCUAUGCCGAUUACUGUAUGCUGAGAAUGAUGGAUGACGAAGAUGAUACUCAAGAGAAUGAGGAAAGAUUGCACCAAUUUCUAGAAUCAAUAUCUGCAAGAAUUCAAGCACCGAUAUUCAAAACACCAAUUCAGCGGCUAUGUAUGAAAACAAUGGCUCGAGAACUGUUCGAAAUCCAAAAACUAGCGGGAAAAACUGACAUCAAUCUGCCGUUGAGUGAAUUAAUUGAUUGUAACUCUACACAUACCUUUAUGAUUUUGACUAUACGAAGCGUAGUAAACACUUCAAACCGGCAUGGUUUACUUCACAACAUAGCACACUCUCAAAUGUCAACAACCUGCCAACAAUCAGACCACAUCUUAACUCCACCACUAGUGGUGCCUCCCGUGUUUCCAUCGCUACUUAAUACGUGGUCAAAUCCUACAGUGACUUACAGUCGUAUAACAGUCGAAGAUCUGCUCGGGAUAAACACGGUGAAGACUCAUUCGAACAGAAUGUCAAUGCAGACAUCAUUGAAUCCCCUCGCAUGUCCAUUCCAGCCUGGCUUUCUCCAUCCUUUGUUUUUUCAGUCAUGCAAAGGUUCUCGCCAAGCACAACCGAGCAAUCACACUGGCAAAGCAAACGGUCAAUUAAUAAAGCCGACACCAGUACCACCCUCCGUGAACCCUGGAUCGAGUCAGAAUCAGCCGUCAAACGCUUACGUUAGCAGAGGAACUACGUAUUUUGGACAACUCUACUGUUCAUCGAAUAUCCCUGAAAAGUUGGAUAAUAGUCUGGCACCAUACUCUGUGCAAGAAGAACCAUAUCAUUUGAACAGUCCAAAAUUUCAAAGAGAUAUCGCAAAAAUGAUAUGGGAAAUCGAAGAUCUCUACGAUAACGCUUUGAAAGUAAUUAGACAGCGGAGAAUGGAAUGGAAAAAGGAACGAAAAACAAGAAUAGCAAGAAAAACCGGACCUCCGUCAUCUUCAUCAUCUUCCUUUUCUAUCAAGCGGGAAAACACUGGACCAACUAAAAACGAUAAUGGUGCGGUUGACGUUGAUUCGGUCAUUCGAGAUAUUCUUACGCAUUCUAGUAAGAAAUCAUACGAGAAGAAUGAAGAGCUGGGGAAGAAGCCAUUCGUUUAUCUCAUGCGAGAUCGACACUCAAAGUUCUUCGUUGAACAUAUAGAGUCUGAGGAUCCUUGUCAAGAAGAGAAGAGUACUGAUGAAGAGAAAAAUCAAGUGCCGAAGAAGAUUCUUCGAUUUGUCGAACAGACUUUCACAGGCAAAGAACUCACAGUAGAAGAAAUAGCUGACGCUAUUUUAAAGGUAGAGGUAAAUGUCGACGAGGAAAAUGAUGACUGCCUGAAACCUACGAAGGAGACGAUGGUAAAUGUAAUUGAACGCGUGCAACGAUACAUUAUAGAUGAGCUGAAACUCGAUCCCGUUAAGUUUAUCAGUGUACGUCUUCACUCCGCUAGCACUACAACAAAGCUGCUGCUAAAAGCGCAAGGAAAAAGCUUCAGUGGAACUCGUAACAUACGUAGAUUGCGACUUGAGGGCAUCCUACAAAUACAAGCAGUUGAAAAGGAGAAACCGGACGACAUUAAAAGAAUGAAACAUGGAAUUCUGACGUACGACGGCAAACAGGUGACCGUAGCUGCAAUUGUGAAGGCUCUCGCGAAACUAGUACAUGAAAUCUAUGGGAGAACUCUGCCUUUCAAGAUAUCCAAAUCAGGGCUUUCUUCGUUUGUGGCGCGAAAAAAGGCUAAUAUCCUUAAAGCUCUUGAAAUGGAUUCCUUUGUAUCUGACAUGCAAAACCAAACGUAUGCUGCAGGUUAUCGCACACUUAGAAUCGAAAUUCCAAACAACAUUGUACUGAACCGCAAAAGAAAAAGAAAAAUCAAACCCAUAUUUGUAAGAAGAAAACAAAGUUCAAUGGAUAAUAAGGUUAUUAACCUGAAGGAAAACGAGGAAAACGAACGAAGUUUUCUGAGUGCAGACAUUCAACGCAAUGUCGAUAUCGCUCUCGAGCCCAACAAAGUCCUGAUUGAACCUAUAAAGAAAGUAGUUUUUAAGGAAUCAUUGGAAAUCGAAGAUCUCACUCAAAGUGAGGGCGAAUCACAGGACAAAUUCCCCUCCAUUAUCUCCACCAAAGCUAACAACCCAUUCUUGAGCAGAAGGAAUAACGUUGCAGGGAAAAUUGAACUGCACAAGAACAAAAACACCAGGAACCCCCUAACUCCGAGGUCAUACCGGACAGUUUCUCGAAGAAUUAAUAUCAUAAAAAGCUCUCCAAAGAAGUUAAGAAAAACAAUAAUGAAGAUUAUGUCUCCUAAGAAGAAAGAUGAAUCCUUAAAUGAAAAAAGAAGUUUUGACAGGAUUGGAAACAAUGGGGCGUUGAACAAUGUUCAUGCGCUUGCGGACUAUCUCUCAUUAAGGGGAAGGCUGACAGCAGCACCAACAAGUAUUGUCAUAAGAACAAUCGAAAAAAAGGCGAAGAAAAGAAAUAAGAAGGGUUGGCGGAAAUCCUGGAUCUAG